AUGCCAUCCCUUACUGAAUUAGCUGAACAUGCUCUUGUCCUGGCAAAGCGUCUGGAUGCCUACACAGCUUCCAACGGAUUACCUCCAACUUCACUCGAACGGGAUACUCUUUCGCUUGCUGGUUUGUCCCAGGAUUUGCAUAGUAUUCGUCAUGAUCUGGGCGACAUCGCGCAGAUGAUAAAGCGACAGGUCAAUGACCCAGUCCGCAAUCUCACGGAGAUCAUGUUUAGCUUUACCGAUCUCUCUUCUCUCAAUAUCAUCUAUCGAUAUAACCUGCCAUCUAAAAUUCCAUUGGAACCAUCUAACAAGACGGUUUCCACUGAAGAAAUUGCUAAAGCAAGUGGUAUUCCCCAGAAUCUAUGCAGACGUGUUCUUGUGCACGCCAUGGAAAAUGGAAUAUUUGUAGAUGCUGGAGAGUGUCAAGUUGGUCACUCAUCUUUAUCCCGGUUACUAGCAACAGACCCUGGCGCAUUCCAAACGGUUGGCAUGCUUCUCGAUGAACUCAUGCCAGCAACGCUGCAUAUCCCUGAGGCUCUCAAGAAAUACGGAACCUCAAGCGAACCUAAUCAAACCGCCUACAACCUGGUCAACGAUACAUCAUUGCCGAUAUACCGCUUUCUUGAAGAGCGGCCAGAUCGCCGAUCCCGAUUUGGGACAACCAUGGGGUUUUUCUCCCGCGAUCAAGGUUUCAAUCUACAGCACCUUGUAAAUGGAUUCUCGUGGGCAUCUAUUGACCGCCCUGACGCCGUGGUUGUGGAUAUCGGGGGCGGCGUUGGCGUCGUAUGUCACAAGUUGGCAGAGGCGACUAAGCACAUGAAGUUUAUAGUGCAGGAUCUCCCAAUCCCUGUCAAACUAGGCCGGGAACAAAUUCCAGCGGAAGCAGAAUGGCGUGAUCGAGUUCAGUUUAGUGUUGGGGAUUUCCUAGAGCAGGAUCAGACAUUUAUUGGUGCUGAUGUUUAUUUCCUCCGCUGGAUUCUUCAUAACUGGAGUGAUGAAUAUUGUGUUCAGAUCCUCCAGCGUCUGGCGCCUGCAAUGCAGUGCCAUUCCAAGGUAGUGAUUUAUGAAUAUUUAUUAUCUGAGGGGCCGGAGUUUAAGUGGGAUCGGAAGCAAGGACGGAGUCUUGACAUGGUAAUGUACGCUUGCUGGAAUGGCAGUGAGCGUACCCUUACUGAUUUCAUUAGCAUUUUCAAGCGAGCUGAUAAGCGAUAUGUACUGGAUGGUGUUUCUUUACCCACCGGAAGCUCGAUGAGUAUCGUCUCUUUUGGAUGGAGGGAUAGUCAAAAUCAGUUAGCUUGA